AUGCUGGACGACUACAACAAUCUCAUGCCAACCAAGAUGAACAUCGUCUUCUUCCGCGAUGCAUGCAUGCAUCUGGCGAGGGCAACAAGAACCAUCCGACAGCCUCGUGGAAACUUGCUGAUGGUCGGAGUGAGCGGCGUUGGGCGGAAGUCCAUAGCUCGCAUUGCUGCUCACAUGGCAGACUUCCAGUGUUUCUCCAUUGAGAUUACACGGACGUAUGGUGCCAACGAUUUCAAGGAAGACUUGAAGAACAUCAUGAACGGCGUUGCGAAAGGAGGAGGCAAGGGUGUUGUCUUCCUCUUCUCGGACACACAGAUUGUCAAGGAGUCCUUCUUGGAAGACAUCAACAACAUCUUGAACACUGGUGAGGUGCCGAACCUCUUUGCACCCGAUGAGCUGGAGGGUGUGAUUGGUCUGAUGCGGCCUUUGGCCAAGGCCGCAGGGAAGCCAGAGACUCGAGAUGCAAUUUGGCAGUAUUUUGUGCAGGUUAUUCGGGAGAACAUGCACAUCGUCUUGGCUUUCUCUCCGAUUGGUGAAGGCUUCCGAGCCCGAUGCCGACAAUUUCCAUCCAUCAUCAACUGUGCAACGAUCGACUGGUUCAGUCCAUGGCCUGCUGAUGCAUUGUAUUCCGUGGCCGUUCGCUACUAUUCGCAAGCUCCGAAAGAGCUGGGCCUGGAGUCCCUGGUGGACCAGCUCUCGAAAGUCUCGCAGUACAUGCACAGCACUUCGAAAGAUGCCGCGGAGGACUUCUUCGACAGCCUGCGAAGAAGAACAUACAUGACUCCGACUUCCUACUUGGAGCUCAUUGGCCUCUUCACAGACCUGGUGGGCAAGAAGCGUGGGGAGCUGACCACGAAGCUGGAGCGCUACACCAUUGGUUCCAAGACGCUGAACGAGACCAAGUCUGUCGUCGACGAUCUGAAGGCAUCCUUGGCCAAGAUGCAGCCCACGAUCGAGCAGGCGAAGAAAGAUACCGCAGAGCUCAUGGUGAAGGUUCAAGCAGAUCAGGCAAUUGCAAAAGAGAAGAGCGAGGCAUGUGCCGUUGACGAGAAAGCCGCCUCGGAAGCUGCAGCAGAGGCCAAUGGCAUAAAGGCAGACUGCCAGAAAGACCUCGACGAGGCAUUGCCCGAGUAUUAUGCGGCAAUCAAAUCGCUCGAUUCCCUCGACAAAAAGGACAUUCAAGAGGUCAAGUCGUUUGCCAAGCCUCCGCCUCUAGUAGAGGUCGUUUUGAGCGCGGUGUGUCUGUUGUUUGGCCAGAAAGAAAGCUGGGACGAAGCCAAGAAGCUCAUGAACGACACGAAGUUCCUGGACAAUCUUAAGACCUACGACAAGGAUGCAUUGGCCAACAACGCCAAGUUGACCCAAAAGUUGCAGAAGUACAUCAAGAGGGAAGACUUCGUGGCCGAAAAGGUGAAAAGUGUGUCUUCUGCCGCCAUGUCGCUCUGCAUGUGGGUGCGGGCUAUGGACGUCUAUGGGCGCGUCUCUCGGGAAAUCGAGCCGAAGAAGGCGAAGCUAAAGGUCGCAGAAGACUCACUGGCAGCUGCUGAAGAGAAGCUGGCCAUCAAGAAGAUGAGGGUGCCGGAGAACCCGUUGGCCCAUGCUCCUGCAGCGUGCAAUGCGGCUCAAGAGCAGAUGCCUAUCCCUCCGUUGAUCCGUGCGACUUGGAAGUCCUUGGCUGUGGUUCUCGUGACUCAAUGCCAGUUAUCUCUGGCCUUAGCAGAUCAAAAGGAGAUCUUUGAUGUCAUAGUGGUUGGGGCCGGCCCAGCAGGCCUUUCGACGGUGAGGCAUCUGCUGCAAGCGAAUGUUUCGUCGGUUCUGUUGCUCGACAAGUCAGAAAGAAUUGGCGGGCGCAGCCGAACGCUGAAAUACGGUCGAUACGGGGUGGAUCUAGGUCCAGCAUGGAUCCAUUACGGCACAGCAAACCCGCUUACGCACUUAGCCACGCAAGGCAACUGCAGCAUGGUGCGGACGCGAAACCUGAACAUGAACGUUUACCACGCUGGGAAAGAAGUACCUCAAACCGUCGUAGCAGAGAUGUUUGGCCUGCUGGACGACAUCGAAGCUGGGUACAAUCAGUGGAAGAGUGUUGGGAGAAAGGAUGAGAGUCUCCUGCAUGUCUUUGAACGCAUCUUCGAGCAGAAAUCACUUGAGCUUUCACCUGAGCAAGAAGCUGCGUUUGCGGCCAUCCUUUUCGGAGAGAUCGUUGAAGACUGGACUGCUCCUCUGCACGAGCUUUCAGCUGGGAGGCACUGCGAGUAUGACAGCGUUGAUGGAGUUGGGAGCGACUGGCGAGUUGUGGAGGGGAUGGAGUGCAUCGUUCAGCAGAUCCUAGAUCCAAACUUCCAGAACAUGAGAAUGAAUCAUCAUGUGAAGUCAGUGCGGUUCGACUCAGACUCGGAGCUGGUCCAUGUUCAAGGUGACGGCUUCAAGGACUUCUUGGGGCGGGUUGCGGUCUUCGGGGUGCCUUUAGGAGAUUUGCGGGAGGGUCUAGUCGAAGUCGAGCCGCUGCCUGACUGGAAGAGGAAGGCUUGGAGAGAGCUGGGUUUGGGUCGUGCUAUCCGAGUGGCAUUGGAGUUCGAGAGGCACUUUUGGCCUUCUGAUGUGGAGUUCUUCAUGGACUUCGUUACAAAUUGCACCAGCAACUUUCUCCAAGACGUGGACUUGUGUUCAAUUGAGUUCACUGCGCCCGUCUCCGGCACGUAUCCACCUGCCCUCGUUGCCGAAGCAGAUGGGCGCUUGGCCGAAUGGCUUAGCAGUCAAUCCAACGAUGCCGUGGUGCAAUUCCUGCUGGGCCGCUUGCAGGAGAUGUUUGGGAACUUGCCAGAGCUGAAGGGCUCCCAUGUCCUGCGGCCUUGGGGCCUUCCAUUCUGGCAGAAGGGCUCAAGUGGCAGGCCAGCUGCUCGCCGGGCAGGGGAGCCCAUCAUGAAAAGGCUCUUCUUUGCAGGCGACUACGUGUCUCACAACGUCGGAACCGUUACCGGGGCGUUCCUAUCUGGAAUCGCAGCCGCUCACAGAGUUUCCUGUGAGCUGGGAGCUGGAGGAGUGAGAUUUGAAGAGCUUCCCACAAUUACUCCCAUGAUCCAGAAGGCGUGUGCGGAGAAGACGCUCCUCCGUGGACGCUGCAACGUAAGCCUCUGGGACAUCCUGUAUUCUUGCUCGGCUUUGCGCAGCUUGGAUGACGAGUCUGGAAGGACCUGCUUCGUUCAGGGCCAUGAUCGGUGGCGGGAGGAGUCUGUGUUAAAGGACUGGUACAGCAGUGCAUGGAAAUCUGCUCAAAGACUCUUCGAGCAUGUGCGAACUAUGUUCAAACUGGCUCACAUCGAGGCCCCGGCAGACCAGCUUCGGUGGACCUGUGGGCGCGACUCUGCGGCCGCCUGUUUGGCUGGUUCGUCGCAGCGCGAGAGCUUCACUCGACCGAGACUGCCUGCAAGGGCUGAGUUGAAGCUGGUGAUGGACAACGUAGCCUCCCUGGAGGCCCAGCUUGCUGCUGCCCAGCGCAAGGCUGCCCAACUGGAGGCGGAUGCAGAGGAUUGCGUGAUCAAGCUAGACCGUGCCGAAAAGCUGCUUGCUGGUCUGGGGAAUGAGAGUGUACGGUGGAACGCUGCCAGUGAGGUGUUGGAGAAGAACCUGAAGUUUGUGAUUGGAAACAUUGUCCUUGCAGGUGGCUUCAUUGCGUACACAGGGCCUUUUACCGCAGAAUUUCGCCGCAGUUUAGUGGCCAAGUGGAAGCAGCAGGCAGAUGGUGUAGGUCUCCUUUGCGAUCCCAACUGGAAGGCCGCAGAUGUUCUGGUCGACCCCGCAGAGGUUCGCAUGUGGAACAUCCAAAGUCUCCCCUCGGACGAUCUGUCGGUGGAGAACGGUCUGAUGGUGACUCGCGGAAGACGGUGGCCCCUCAUGGUGGACCCGCAGGGUCAAGCCAACCGUUGGGUUCGCAACAUGGGGAAGGAGAACAAUAUCAUUAUCACAAAGCUCUCCGAUGGCACGUAUCUACGCAAGCUAGAAUCGUGCAUACGCAACGGCCACUCCAUCCUCAUCGAAAAUGUUGAAGAGGUAUUGGACCCUGCACUCGAGCCUGUGCUGACGAAAGCACUUUUCAAGAGAGGGGGGCAGCUGUUGCUUCGUUUGGGAACCGAAGAUGUGCCAUACGACGAGAAUUUUGCCUUCUAUGUCACGACUAAGAUGGCAAAUCCUCACUACUUGCCCGAGGUUUGCAUCAAGGUCACCGUCAUCAACUUCACCGUCACUCUUCUGGGCCUAGAGGAGCAGCUCGUGGCCGAAGUCGUCGGAAAUGAGCGGCCGGACUUGGCGCAACAGCGCCAAGAGCUUGUCGUGCAAAUUGCAGCCGACAAGAAAACCCAGGACGAUCUGGAGCAGCUCAUCCUCAAACUACUGGCCGAGGCUGGCGGCGAUGUUUUGAAGGAUGACACCCUGAUCGUCACCUUGGACCAGUCAAAGCGAACUGGACUGGAAUGCCAAGAACGGAUGCAAGUGGCCGACAAGGCGAUGACGGAAAUCGAUGCAGUUCGGGAGAAGCUGAGACCAGUUGCGACAAGGGCAUCGAUUCUCUACUUCGCGGUCGCCGACUUGGCGAACAUCGAUCCCAUGUAUCAGUACAGUCUCGAGUUCUUCGUCCUCCUUUUCCAGGGCAGGCUGCGUGAUGCCGAACAGUCUGAGGACAUCAACAAACGCAUCGACAUCCUUGUGGACGACUUCACGAGGUUCAUCUUCUUGAACAUCUGCCGUGGCUUAUUCGAGGACCACAAAUUGCUCUUCUCCUUCCUCAUCACCGUUCAGAUCCUCAGAAACGAGGUUCACUCGAAGUUCCUCAACAAGACCACCAUCAAGCCAACAGAGUGGCUCUUCUUCUUGCGCAACGCCGAAGCAGGUAAAGGCGUUUUAGAAGACGGUGAGAUCAGCGUGGCUUGUCCUGCCUGGGUGGACAAAACGGCUUGGGUGAAGUUGGACGUACUGGAGCGACUGACGGCACACAACGGCGAGAUGCAGUUCGUGGGUCUCAAAGAGGCAAUCGCAAAAGACAGCGGCUGGGAGGCUUUCUGUCGAAGUGACGACAUGUACCAGCAACCUAUGCCGAAGCCUUGGGACACGAAGCUUACUGCAUUCCAGCAAGCUUUGGUCAUCAAGAGCAUGCGAGAGAACUUCUUGAAUUUCGUGGCUCGGAAUGUUGUCUUCCAUGAACUGGGCCAACUCUUCAUCGAGUCACCGCCCUUCAACUUGGCGAGUUGCUACGCAGAUUCGGUGGCCACAAUGCCCUUGAUCUUCGUCCUUUCUGCCGGUGCUGAUCCCACCGAGUACUUGCUGACCCUGGCCGCCGAGAAGGGAUACACCGAAAAGUUGCAUUUCAUCUCCUUGGGCCAGGGACAGGGACCCAAAGCCGAAGCUUUGAUCAAGCUAGGAUGGGACACGGGAGACUGGGUCUGCCUCCAGAACUGUCACCUUGCAGACAGCUGGAUGCCAAGGCUGGAAGCAAUCCAAGAGUCACAAGUGCCAGACAAGAUCAAUCCCGACUACAGGCUGUGGCUGACGAGCAUGCCAUCUCCCAAAUUCCCUGUUCCGGUCUUGCAAAGUGGCAUCAAGAUCACGAAUGAGCCUCCAAAGGGUUUGCGGGCCAACUUGGGUCGUACCUACCAAGACAUUGGCGAGGAUGUCUUUGAAAGCUGCCCUUCCAAGCCAGCCGAGUUCAAGAAGCUUCUGUUUGGGCUUGCUUUCUUCCAUGCAGUCAUUCUUGAACGUCGAAAGUUCGGCCCGAUUGGUUGGAACAUUCCCUAUGAAUGGAUGGACUCGGACUUUCAGGUUUCUCGAGAGCAGGUCCGCAUGUACCUGGUGUCCCAGCCGGACGUUCCAUGGAUCACGCUGCGGUACAUCAUUGCGGAGGUGAACUAUGGAGGGCGAGUAACUGACGACAAGGACGUGAGGCUCAUCUCUGCAGUGCUCAAGGGCUACUUCAGCGAGAGGAUUCUGGAGAAAGGCUUCAAGUUUGCAAACCUCCAAGCAUAUUGGAUUCCUGAAGAGGGAAGCCUCCAGGAAACCAGAGACUAUCUCAAGUCAUUGCCUAUGGAUGAGGACCCCCGCAUUUUCGGGCUGCACCCAAAUGCGCUCAUCACAGCCCAGUUCAACCAGGCCAAGAAGUUCCUUGAUACAGUUGUCAGCGUUCAGCCUCGCAUCUCCUCGGGCGGCGGUGGCAAGAAGCCAGAAGAAAUUGUUGCGGAUAUGGCGCAGGAGUUCUUGCAGCGAAUUCCGGAUGCGGUGAAGAGCAAGAUGGCCCACGCUGAAACCUACAAAAAGACUCCUCAAGGCGGGAUCGUUUCCGUUGGCGUCUUCCACAGCCAGGAAUAUGCGCGCAUCGAGAAGCUCAUUAAGGUGGUGAAGUCCAGCCUGGUCAUGCUCGGCAAGGCCAUCAAGGGUACGGUGCUCAUGUCGGCGGAGCUGGAGGGAAUGUUCAACGCCUUCCAGGAGCAGAAGGUCCCGGGCAAUUGGGGAAAGGUUGCAUAUCCCUGCCUGAAGCCGCUGAACUCCUGGGUGGUAGACUUCAUUGCCCGCAUCGGCUUCUUGGUGAAGUGGCUGGUCGAAGGGCCGCCUUUGAGCUACUGGAUUUCCUGCUUCUUCUUUCCGCAGGGCUUCAUGACAGCGGCCCUCCAGCUGCACGCGAGGAAGACGAAGAUUCCCAUCGACACCCUCGAGUUUUUUUCUGAAGUCACUUCCGUGCAGGACAGCACAACAUUGCAAGCACCACCCCCGAACGGCGUCAACAUUCACGGGCUCUUCCUUCAAGGAUGUGGCUGGGACAUGUCCAAGGGCUUGUUGAAAGAGUCCGACAAGGACGUCGUGUUCGUUGAGAUGCCAGUCAUUCACCUAGAGCCACUGGCGAUCACAGACAGCUCCAAGCGAGUGAUCGACGGAAAUCUGUACAUGUGCCCGAUCUACAAAACAUCCGAGCGCAAGGGGACACUGUCCACCACCGGCCAUUCGACCAACUUUGUGAAGUUUUUCCCGUUGAGCCAAGACGAGGCAGAUACUGCCCACUGGAUUGCACGAGGAGUAGCAAUGCUUUGCAUGCUGGACGACUGA